AUUUUCCGUAAUGAUGCAGGUGGGAGUGAAAACAUAAAUUUUCAAGAUCUUAGGACGUGGGUAGCAGAAUAACUUUCCAAAACAAACAAAAAAAUUUAAGCGAAAGGUAGCCAAGGUAGUAUUUUGACAACCCAAACUGCCAAUGCCACUCUCAUAUCUGACCAGAAACUUGUGGCCUUCCUUGUCAGCCCUCACUCUCAGAUCAUUCAUGACCAUUACCAUUGCCAUGGGUCACCUCUCAUUUGUAUAUGCUUCUCUCUUCCAUUCCCUCUUUGUAGGCCCCACCCUCUCCCCUUUCUCUUAGCUACCUUCCCCUUCUCUCCCUUAAUCAUUUCAGCUCUCUCCGGAGAAAUUAAAACCCAGCCACCGCCCUCUCUUUGUUUCUCUUCUUCAUGGAGAAGAACGAAAGGGAAACUCACGACUUCAUGAACGUUGAAUCCUUCUCUCAGCUUCCAUUUAUCCGUCCUGCCCCUAUAAAAGAAAGGGGUAUUUUUCGUUUGUUCGGCAAAGAAUUCAAUGGUGGUCACUCAGGCUCGGCUAUGGCUAGGAACAAGUCAGACUCAGCAGGGAACAACGAUGAUACAACCAAGGAGAACGAGAAUGGAGAGAACAGCAGAAGGUUUGAAUGUCACUAUUGUUGUAGAAACUUCCCGACUUCCCAAGCUUUAGGCGGUCACCAAAACGCUCACAAAAGGGAACGCCAACAUGCGAAACGCGCUCAUCUUCAGUCAACAAUGGUGCAAAACUCUUUAUCUGAUGCUCAGAUUUACGGCUUCGUUAACUACAGGCUAGCCUCAGCUCCAACACAAGCUACGGCGAGUUACCCUUCGUGGAACAACAGUACUAGCAGUAGGUUUUAUGGGAACCAAAGCUCUUUUCCUCAGCCACCCAUCAGUGGUAGCCCACUGGGGUUAUGGAGCACCCCUGCUACGGUUCAAAGAAACUCAUCUAAUUUCUAUCCCGACCUUUCAUCAUCAUCAUCGCAACCGUCUCCAUUUUUUGCUGGUGAAGAAUUGAAGCCCUCGCAAGUUGUUGGUGGAGGUGGUUCAAGUUCCCGGAGCCGGUACGUUUAUAAAUCAAAUCCAAGAGUGCAAGACCAUGUGAGUUUGGAUCUACAUCUGUAAUAAUUAAUUUCCUAAUAACUUUUUAUUAACCGAGAAGAGAAACAAAAUCAUUGCAGUGCAAGAUGAGAUGGUUAUUUAUAA